ACGUGAACGCCCCAGAUUUUUAUGGUGCAACCGACUCUAGGAGAUCAAGAAUAGUUCACACUCCGGGGCCAAAACCCCUAACCUAGACUAGAAACCUCCCAUGACGCAAACCCUUCAACGCCGAACGCGCACACAAAUUUCCUAAAGACUUCACGCAGAGAACACUGUAUGCAUGAAAUCGACCUUUUACUCUCUCUAGGUAAUUUAUAUUCUCUCUCUAAAAUGAUUGUAAUACAGGUUAUCUCCUCCGUAAUACUCAUUUCAGCAUACGGAUUUUCCCCCUAAUUUCAUGUAAUUUCUGAUAUGCAUUUAUAUUUUCGCAGAACCCCAUUUGGGUUUGUUGUGAAGUAAUGUCUUUGAUAGAUGGUUUUCUGGGAUUUUAGAUUAGCAUUCAGUUGAUUUUAUUGGUAUAUUGAUUAAAUAUAUGGAGCUGCAAUAAGAAUGUUACAUGUGCUACUUCGAUUUUGAUUGUUAGUGAUUUGUAAAUCGGUGUCAUUUUACUAAAUGGGUAUGAAGAUUUUGCUGAAAUGUUGAUUUUGGUUGGUGGGUAUGUUUGAAAUAUUGAGGGUAGUAUUGGAUUAUGCUCUCUCUGCGACUGGUUCGCAGAUUUGGUACCACGCCCCAUAUUGCUGCUGCAGCUGCUGAUGUGCCAUCUAAUGACAAGGUUUUUUCUGCUAGGAAUAGUGGGGAAUCGAAUGUUAUGCAAAAACCUAUUGAAAUAGAUGAACCGGCACUUGUUAAGUUGAAGAAUGAAAGGGACCCCGAAAAGUUAUUUAAUUUAUUUAAGGCCAAUGCCCACAAUAAGGUUGUUGUUGAAAAUCGAUUUGCAUUCGAGGAUACAGUUUCUAGAUUAGCUGGUGCGGGUCGGUUUGAUUACAUUGAGAAUUUGCUGGACCAUCAGAAGACUUUGCCACAGGGCCGGCGAGAAGGAUUCAUAAUUCGAAUUAUAAUGUUGUAUGGGAGGGCUGCAAUGAUCAAGCAUGCUGUUGAUACAUUUUAUGAUAUGCAUUUGUAUGGUUGUAAGAGGACUGUUAAGUCGUUUAAUGCUGCGUUGAAGGUGUUGACUCAAUCCCGUGAUUUGGAGGCGAUUGAAUCUUUUCUUAGAGAUAUGCCUUUCAGCUUUGGCAUAGAGCUAGAUGUGUUUUCUAUUAAUAUUGUUAUCAAAGCAUUUUGUGAAAUGGGUAUAUUGGAUAAAGCUUAUCUGGUCAUGGUUGAGAUGGAAAGGCUGGGAAUAAGGCCUGAUGUGAUUACAUACACAACACUAAUAGCGGCCUUUUACAAGGCAAACCAAUGGGAGAUUGCCAAUGGAUUGUGGAACCUUAUGAUACUAAAGGGUUGUCUUCCUAAUGUUGCAACAUUCAAUGUCAGGAUUCAAUUCUUAGUAAAUAAUAGGCGAGCUUGGGAUGCUAACAAAUUAUUGGCUUUGAUGCGUUGCAGUGGGAUAUGUCCAGAUGAGAUAACAUAUAAUUUGGUGAUUAAAGGCUUUAGUUCUGCUGGAUAUCUUGAAAUGGUGAUGAGAGUUUAUAACUCUUUUUGCCAUGAAGGAUGCAAGCCCAACCAGAAGAUUUAUCAGACCAUGAUCCACUAUCUUUGUCGAGCAGGUAAAUUUGAUUUGGCAUACACUUUUUGUAAAGACAGUAUGCAAAAGAAUUGGUAUCCUAGUGUGGAUAGCAUCUAUAAGCUGCUUGAAGGCCUAAGGAAGGAUGGAAAAUUGGACAAACUUGAAAAGGCCAAAUAUAUUUUUUUCUUGGCUCAGAAAAGGAUACCUCCGUUUUCUUGUGAUCAAAUCAGUGUCAUGAAAUCUAAAUUGUCGCGAAGUUAAAUUAGAACAUUGGACUGUGAAGUGCAUUGCAUAAAAAGAUAUGGAGGCUAAGCAGCGGGUAACUUCCCGUAUGAUUAAUUCCUUUAUAUUGAAUGAAGUUGAUGGGAGAUGCUUUUUUGAGGGAUGACACUUGGCAGCGAAGACAUCCAAUAAUCUUCAAGUAAUUUGGGGUACUGCUUUAGUAACGUGCUUGGUGAAAUGGAAGCUCUAAGAGGAGAGGAACCACACAAGUUUUGGUUUGUGAUGAGGAAUAGAGUAUCUGUGGAAGAAGCAAAAGUAUUCCUAAUUGCUCUCCUUGAAGCCUUGCAAUUGGUAAUUUGAAAACUUCAGCCAACUAAUGGGCAUAAAUUCUGCACCUUUUUUUGAAAUUUUUGGUUUCAUUAUUUGACUGACAGAGAGGUCAAUGGCCUAUGUCUGUCUUAUCAUUGGUGGCUGAAGAUAAUGAUGAUAGAUCGGUUCAUGGUUUAUAAAGCAGUUGAUUAGGGAGGAACGAUAGAAUUCCAGACUCGUAUAAGUAUUUUAGGAAUCCAAAUCAGAAAAAGUUGGUAAUUUUUUUAGUACAAGAAGUGUAAUAUUCUUUGUUUAUUUUGUAAUAGGUUCAAUCAUCAAUAUUUGUUCUGAUUGCAUGCCUGUCAUUGUUGAGAAUAUCUGCGGCUUUUUGGAAAAUUUUAAACUGUAUAUACAAUAAAAUGAAAAUAAUUGAGAUUAUAUUAAUGCAAAAGAAAAGAAUGUUGAAUUGCC